AAAAAUGUCCAAAUGCAAAACCUGCUCUUUAAAAUCUAGUUACAAAGAUAGAAAAUUAUUUCGGGGGUUCCCCUUACUUUUUACUUGUCAAUGACGUGGCCUUUACUAAGAUUAGAAAAUUAGAACCCAUUGCAUGAUAUUAUGAAAUGAAAUAGUUUGAGAUGAAAAUAUUUUUGUUGGUUGAUAAGUUUUUACCAGAAUGGAGGACGUAAUGGAGGAAGAAAAACUCGAACCUCGGAAUUACCAAGUCGAUUUGAUGAAGAUUGCCAUUAAAGAAAAUACCAUCAUUUAUUUACCAACAGGGUCUGGUAAAACUUUCAUCGCAAUAAUGGUUUUGAAGCAUUUGUGUGCCCCUUUAUUGAGACCUUACAGUGAUGGUGGAAAACUUACAAUUUUAUUGGUUAAUUCUGUUGCUUUGGUGGAUCAACAUGGGAAGUAUGUUAGAGAUCACACGAGUUUCGAAGUUGGAACUUUCACGGGAGAAAUGAACCUGGAUUUUUGGACCGAGGACGAAUGGGAAGCGCAUUUUAAUAAAUAUCAAGUUAUCGUAAUGACCAGCCAGAUUAUGGUAAAUCUCAUCAACAACCACUUUAUAGAUAUGGAGCGAGUAAAUUUGAUGAUUUUCGAUGAGUGCCACAGCGGUGUGGACGACCAACCAAUGCGCCAAGUAAUGAAAACAUUUCACAGCUGGGGCAAAAAACCUCGUAUACUUGGUCUUACAGCCACAUUAUUGAAUGGUAAUUGUAAAUUAUCAAGAGUCAUGGAUGAAGUAAGAUCUUUAGAAGUGACCUACCACAGUAAAGUGGCCACUGUAGAUGGAUUAGACGCUGUUGUUGGAUUCUCCACCAAUCCGCAAGAAUUAUUUAAAUAUUGUAAACCUGCCACUCCCUCAGCUGACGACAACAAAGUGCUCAGUAAACUACGUAAUAUGGUAGAUGUUUUGGGACAAAUUAUAAUUAAAGAUGAGCAAAACAGUGUGAAUUUAUUACAAACGGAAACUUUGAAACCACUGGAGCCAUCCGACGUGUUGAAAAGUUUGAGAAACUUGAUUUUAGAUUUAAUCCAUCAUAUUGAAAUCCUGGGUACAUUUGGCGGUCAUAUUGCUUGUGUCGCUCACAUGAUACAAAUUGAACGUAUAAAAAAACACUGUCAAAACCACCAACUCUUUAUUGUGCUAAAUUACGUCUUGACGGUGAUGGGAGCUGCAAAACUUCUCUUGCAAGAAUCCAUGACCGGUUAUGGAACACUCGACAAGAUUAAAAAAUUCUCCUCUGAUAAAGUUUUAAAACUGUUGGAAAUUUUGGAUGAAUACAAGACGAAAUCGGACGAGGAACUUUGUUGUUUAAUCUUUACCAAAAGACGAUUCACCGCCAAAAUUCUUCACCACAUUAUCGACAAAACUAGUCAAGUCGAUCCAAAAUUUUAUCAUCUUAAAUCGAAUUUCGUCGUUGGAAAUAAAAAUAAUCCAUACAAUGACACUCGUGAGAAUUUAUUCAUAGCAAAAAAGAACCGAGAAGUGCUCAACACUUUUGUGAGCAAGGAAAUCAAUGUUUUGGUCAGUUCGAACGUUUUGGAAGAAGGUGUAGAUAUACCUAAAUGUACUCUCGUCGUAAGGUUUGACAAAUCCGAGGAUUAUCGUUCGUACAUACAGUCGAAAGGACGCGCAAGGCAUAAAAAAAGUUUAUAUUACACCAUUGUAGAAACGCCUGAAGUGGAAAAGUUUGCUAAGAAAUACGACGAUUUCAACAAAGUUGAGAGUUUGCUUAAUGAUCUUUUGAUUGGUAAGAAUUCCGAAAGAGAUCAUCCAAACGCGUCUGAAAUUAACAACAUGUAUAAUGAAGACAAGUUGGAACCUUACUAUGUAAAUGGCCCCAAUUCGGCACAAGUAAACAUGGCCUCCUCUGUAGCUCUCUUAUGUCGUUACUGUGAUAAUUUGGCAAGUGACAAAUACACCACUUACGCCCCUGAGUGGUAUUUUGAAAAAGACUCUAACUCUUCAAAACUAAGAGUUUUUAUCUUUUUACCCACAGUGUGUCCUAUUAUUGAACCCAUUGUCGGACCUUACAUGUGGAACAAAAAGGAUGCCAAAAGGGCCGCCGCAUUAGUCGCGUGCAUAAAACUACACCAAUGUGGAGAACUUGACAAUAAUUUAUUACCACUGAAGAAGCAGUUGGAUGAAGCUGAUGUUUCGCAUCUUUUCAAGCAUUGGCCACAAGAAAAGGAAUGUGAUGCCGGAAAUAAGAAAAAGAAAAGACUACAUGAUAAAGAGAUUGCCUUAUGUGUAAAACAGGCAAUCCAGCCCGACAGAGUCCUCUAUUUACACAUUAUUAGUAUAAAUCCUCAAUACAAGAGAAGUGAGAAUUUGGACGCAGCCACUAUUUACGACAUGUAUAAAACUCCAUUAAAAUUUGGUUUGUUAUCACCAAAACCGUUACCCGAUUUGUGCAAAUUUCCUCUAUUCGAUUCAAAUGGAACGUUAGAAAUUGAUAUAAAGAACAAUGUUAAAGAAAUGACGUUUGCAAUUAACGAAAUAAAGGAAAUGAGAGAAUUUCAUUUUUUGGUAUUCAACAAUCUUUUGGAGAUCUUAAAAGAGUUUUUAAUUUUUGACAACAUUGGGAAGAAUUCGGAGAUGUUGCUUGUUGUUCCUGUUCAAGAUCACAAUGGUGAUGUUCAGAUUGAUUUUCAAGUAAUUCGCGAUCAUAAAAUUUUGAAAAAUAAAUACGAACCGGCUGCUACAGAACGUAUGAAUUUGAAUGUAAAUGAUGAAACUUAUUUACAUAAAAUUGUCUCUCCGUGGUACAGAUCGCAGCCAAAGAUGUACGUUGUGACAAGAGUUUGUACUGAUAAGAGUGCCCUAAGUCCGUUCCCGAAUCACGAGUAUCCCAAUUUCGUCUCGUAUUAUGACGAAAAACAUUCAUUGACAAUCUUGGAUCCUCCGCAGCCUCUCCUCUUGGUUAAAGGCCUGUCGGAGAAACUGAACGCUUUCAAACCUCGAGGUUCCGGUGGUAAGAGGAAGAAAACAAAAAUGUAUGAAGAGUUGGAAGAAUAUUUAAUACCCGAGUUGGUUAUCAAGCAAGAAUUUCCAUCGUGUUUGUGGAUUCAAGCACGAUUUUUACCAAGUAUUUUGUCACGUUUGGCUUUUCUGCUAAAAUUGCAACAACUUCAAGUUGGGAUAGCUCGCGAUAUUGGUGCAAAAGAUGAGUAUUUGAAAAAUUGUCCGUCGUUGGAAUUGAACGUCCAUUUGUUGCGUUAUGAACCCAAUGAUCUGGAACUGACUGAGAAAUCCGAAAAAUCCACACCUUUGAUUGAUAAUUGCCUUGCAUUGGAAUGUCCGAAAAACUUGCUAACGAUCCAAUACAAUAAAGAUUUUGCGUCUAAAAUGCUUGAGGCGGAGUACUACUGGAAGAAUAUUGAAGAACCCAAAGACAUAGAACGUGUUAUUGAUGUGACUGUUAUGGAUAUAGAAUAUUAUGAAACUUUUAUUUCCCAUCAGCCUUCAAAAACUGGACGGUUACUGAAGAACGACAGUCCAGUUAAAAAUGCUUUACCAGCCAUCACUUAUGAUAAACAAUUCGAAGAGAAACAGUUGCGGCUUCUGGAAAUACAAUUCGACAAUCAAAGCCCGAAUUUAUGUCAGUUUUAUGAAGCAUUGACGGCAGCAGAAGCCAACGAUGUAGUCAAUCUCGAACGUCUUGAAAUCUUAGGCGACUGUUUCCUAAAACUUACAGCUUCCUUGUACAUUAUUUGCAAAUUUCCGACUUACAAUGAAGGCAAAUCUACCACUCUUAAAGGAAAGCUAGUCAGCAACAAAAAUUUGUAUUAUUUGGGAGUGAAGAAAAAUCUUGGCGGGAUUUUGAAAAACAGUUGCUUAUCUCCAAACGAUUGGGUUCCUCCAUGUUUUUGCAUCCCACAAACUAUCAGCAAGGCAAUAAAAAAUAAAGAAUAUUCCAUAAACACGUUAUUUAACUGUUACAUAUCGCCGGAAGAACAAGUCUCAGGUAAUUUAAACCGAAAGACUUUAAACGACAUGACAAUUGAAGAAAAUGCGCCAGAUGAGGAAAAUUCAUACGGCAAUAUGUGCAACUUUUUAAAUAAACAGUUAGUUGGUGAUAAAACCAUAGCGGACUGUGUUGAAGCUCUCCUAGGGGCGUACUUUCUAAGUGGUGGGAUUGAGGGAGGGAUUAAAUUCAUGGAAUGGAUUGGAAUUUUACCCCUUUCUGAACAAAUUCAACAUCUGAUAGAAACGACACAAGUAAAUCCCGUCCUUAGUAAAAAGUCCAAUGAAAUUGACAUUGAUUUUCACAUACCGCAAUGGCGAGAAAUCGAACAACGUCUCGGUUAUCAGUUCAACAACCGAGCAUUUCUACUACAAGCUUUAACUCAUUCUUCCUAUUCGCCAAAUCGAAUAACGCAAAGUUACGAACGUUUGGAGUUUCUAGGGGAUGCCGUCCUUGAUUUUCUGAUCACUUGUUAUAUCUACGAACACUGUGGGCAUUUGGAACCGGGUCAGGUGACCGAUUUACGAUCGUCUCUUGUCAACAAUAACACUUUUGCUAGCCUUGUUGUUCGAUGCGGAUUUCACAAAUUUUUGCUCAUGAUGAAUUCAAAUUUACAAGGUCACAUUGAUAAGUUUGCGGAGUAUCUUGCAUCAAAGAAUUAUGUGAUUGACGACGAAGUCUUGAUUUUGUUAGAAGAGGAAGAAAUGAAUAUUGCCGAAUAUAUCGAUGUGCCUAAAGUUUUGGGUGAUAUUUUUGAAGCUCUCGCUGGUGCUAUUUAUUUAGACAGCAAUAAGGAUUUGAAGACUGUUUGGAAAGUGUUUUACAAGAUUAUGUGGCGCGAAAUUGAUCUCUUUAGUAAGAAUGUACCAAAAAAUGUUAUAAGGAGAUUGUACGAGUGUCAUACUGUUUAUCCUCCGCAAUUCAGUAAACCGCUGGAACUUGAUAGUAAAAAAACUAUGGUUGCUUUAGACUUUAUGUGUGAAGGUAGAAAGAAACGAGUACAUGGAUUUGGAACUAACAAGAUUAUGGCAAAAAGGGCUGCUGCAAAAAUUGCUCUUCGUGCUUUAAAAUUAUAGUUAUAAUUCUAACGCACGAAUAGUUACUAUGCGCUUAUAUUUAAGAUUUAGUUUCUUUAUAGGUAUUGUUUAAAAAAUUCUAUUUUCUGCUCUUAAGUAGUGGAUAUUUAUAACUUUUUUUCAUCAGUGUUAGUUAAAUUAGUUCGUUAAGUGUACAGAAAAUUUAUAUCAUAAACUAUUAAAUUACAAAAAAGUAUUUAAUUUAACUAACAUUGAUACUGAAUUUUGAAGUUCAUUUUUGAAAAAUUUUAUUAAAGCUCGUUAGUAUUAACUUCUGAUUCCAAAAAUUAAUUGUUUUUAAAUUAAAAUUGUUUUAACUAACCAUUCACUACCGCUUCUAAAGAUGGUUAACAUAAAACAAUUUAAUUUAAAAUCACAAUUUUUUUUAAAUGAGGUGAGCUUUCAACGUUUGUGUAAUACCAAUACAUUACGUUGACGUUAAUUUAGUUUAUAUACACAUUGCUUACAGUCUCUGUGAAAAGUGAGAAUUUUGUGUUUUGUUAUUAAAUAAAAAAACUUAUUUUGCU